UUUCAGCCCCUCCCCUCGACUCCCCCAAACCCUCCCAGAACCUUUAUCAGGGAGCUGGGACUGGCUCUUGCCACCAUCCAGAGUCCUUGCUCUCCUGUUUCUCUCUCUGCAGCAGCACCUGCCAGCUCCCUGCUCCUGCCGUCCAUCCAGCUCCACAGGCACCAUGAGGAACGCCAUGCUGUUCACAGUCGUCCUGGCCCUCAGCUUGGCUUGGAGCUUCGGGGCUGUGUGUGAGGGGUCACAGGAGCAGGGGGUGCCUGCUGGGAGGCACAGCAAGGACUCUGCUCUCUAUCAGCUACCUCCGGUCCUGCUUCAGAGACUCUAUGACAGCCGCCCAGUCUCCCUGGAAGGAUUGCUGAAAGUCCUGAGCAAGGCUAGCAUGGGACUGAAGGAGACAUCGCUGCCACAGAAACGUGACAUGCAUGAUUUCUUUGUGGGACUUAUGGGCAAGAGGAACAGCCCGCCAGACACUCCCACUGAUGUGGCUGAAGAGAAUACUCCCAGCUUUGGCACCCUCAAAUAGGCCCCCAGUACAGAAGAGCGCUCCAUGUCUGGACCCCUGGACUGCAUCCAUGAGUCCCGGUGCAUGCUUUCCUGUUGCCUUUGCUCUUUCCCUGCCUGGAAGACCCCUGCCAAUGCCCUUGCCCACUUAGCAUAGAGGCUGCAUAUGAAGAGCCUCAAUCCCACGGGCACUAAGCAUGGAGUAUGCUUUCUGUAGUGUCCUGCACUGAAAAUACAAUGCCUCCUCUUCAACAAUAAAAGGUUUUUACA